CGACUGACGAACCUAUUAUGCGGACGAUCUAGCUCUUCUGGUGUCUGACGCAGUCGCUGUGCAAUCACUGCUGGAUAGACUGGCGCUGGACGCUUUGGCUUGUCCUUUGCACUUUCAAUUGCAAACUGCUGCUACAGCACUGGAUCGACACAUCUCCGAUCCUAGCUAUCACCAAGCAACCACUAGUAGUUGUGGAUCGCUUCGCUUACCCUGGCAGCUGUGUCACCUCUGGUGUUCACAUCACUGAGGAAGUUACUUCGCGUAUCAGCAAGACCCGUGUGGCUUUUCAGAGGCUCAUUCAUCUAUGGAGACCGCAGGAUAUCAGCUUGUCAGUGAAAGCACGUUUGAAUCACUUUACGUUGGAGCGUUGCUCCUAAUAUCAGCCGUCUAGAUCUAUGAGUGCUGCCUCGGAGUGCCUGCAGAUGCUGCCUUAUGGAGAGAGAAAGAAACGCCGCGCUGCAAACUAUCGGAUUGAGUUGGAUCAGCUGACCCCACACAACAUAAAACAGUUCCGCCUCAUCAAUCAAGUUGUAUUUCCAGUUUCGUACACGGAAAAGUUCUAUACGGAUCUUUUGAAAAACAGUCACAUGUGCAGGCUUGCCUACUUCAACGACAUUGUGGUUGGAGCUGUGAGCUACCGGAUCGAUAAAGUCUCCUCUAAAUCCGAGGCGGGUACCGAAGAUGUGUGCGUGAAGAAGUGUUACAUAAUGACCCUUGGCUGUUUAGCUCCGUACAGAGGCUAUGGAAUCGGGACAGUUAUGCUUAAACAUGUCAUGAAGUUUUGUCAAGAACAUGGGGAUAUAAAAAGCAUAUAUUUACAUGUCCAUGUGGAAAACGAUGUUGCCCUAGCUUUUUAUCAACAUUUUGGCUUCGUAGUUACUGGAGAAGUCGAAGGUUACUACCGAUGUGUACAGCCACAGACGGCUUUUGUUCUUGAAAAGUAUCUGACCCCCGAAUCCGGUGAUGUAACUGUCGCUUGUGAUUGAUAAGAUGUCGAUAGCCCUUUAUUUUGUGUUAUAUAUGAUUGUCCCUCUCCGAUAAGUUUGGGUUUCUUUUUCGCCAGUUUUUAUUGCUCGUUUAUUGGUCAUAUUCGUAUUAUAACCAUAGAGGCCCUCAGUGACCUUGAGUCGUUUUCCC